GUCUUCUUAAUUUCAUAAACUUUCAAUAAACUUUCAAUCAACAACUAUGAACCUUCUUGUAGUCGGCACCAUCUUCAUCGUGCUGGGGCUGGGGCCCCUCGUUGACGCCACCGGGGUGGCGGGGCUCCGGGGGCUCCCGGAGGACGAGACCUCGUGUCUCGCGGUGGUGAAGGCCGCUCUGGCCGAGUACCGGGUACUCUACGAGCAGGGCCUUAAAGAUUCCCCAAAUUUGAUGGAUGCAAAGAGCGAUGUUCCGCAGAAAGCAGUACCAACAGAGGAACAUAAGGAGAUUAUGCCAGCCAAUAUAACGAAUGGAGGCUUAGUUACAGAGAAGAAAGAACAACUUUCUCCACAGGAAAGCACUAUUGUGACAUCUGUGGAAAGGAAGAAUGUUACAGAAAAGGGUGAUGGACUUCAGAAAGUAGAACGAACCGAGGAAAUAAAGGAGAUUAUGCCCGGCAAUAUAACGAAUGAAGUGUUAGUAAAACAGAAAGAAGAACAACUUUCUCCACAGGAAAGCACUAUUGUGACAUCUGUGGAAAGGAAGAAUGUUACAGAAAAGGAUGAUGGACUUCAGAACGUAGAACGAACACGGGAAAUAAAGGAGAUUAUGCCCGGCAAUAUAACGAAUGAAGUGUUAGUAAAACAGAAAGAAGAACAACUUUCUCCACAGGAAAGCACCAAGGUGACAUCUGUGGAAAGGAAGAAUGUUACAGAAAAGGGUGAUGGAAAAGAUGUCGAGAAAGAAACUGUAAUUCAAAAAGAAGUCGAAAAGAAUGUGUGUGAUAGCGACAUCAAAGAGGUUCGUAACGAAAAACAUCUGAAUGAAACAAUUGAAGACUUGAAACACCAAGUUGAUGACGUGAAAAACAAGAUUAAGGAAGAAAAAGAAAAGGCUGAAGAAACAAAUGCUACGCGUAGCCCAUGCGUCGUAAAAGAACCAAGUGCUGCCCCUGUCAUUCAAGAUGGUAAAGUCGUUGAAAAGAUAGUCCCUGCUGUGACGCCGGCGAAGGUUGCUGAAAAGAUCCAUCCCACGAUGACGGAAGGAAAAGUCCCCGUUGUGACAAAAGAGAAGGUUGUUGAGCAGGCUGCCCCUUCGGUGACAGAGGAGAUCGUAAGCAUCUCUAAGGAGCAAGAAAAAGUCCCUGUUAUGGCAGAAGAGAAGAAGGUUAUUGAAAAGAUUAUCCCCUCGGUGACAGAAGGAAAAGUCCCGGUAGUCCCUCAACAGGAGGUUGUUGAAAAAGUUGCCCCAUCGCCGACAGAAGAAAAAGUUCCUGUUGUGACACAAGAAAGGGCUAUUGAGCAGAAUGCCCCACAAGAAAGGGUUAUUGAACAGGCUGCCCCACAAGAAAGGGUUAUUGAACAGGCUGCCCCACAAGAAAGGGUUAUUGAACAGGCUGCCCCAGAGGAAAAGGCUACUGAACAGGCUGCCCCUACAGCCACAGAAGAGAUUGUCACUGUUUCUAAAGAGAAAGAAGAAGUCCCUGUUGUAACAGAGGAAAAGGUUCCCGUUGUGACAAAUGAGACAGUUAUUGAAAAGAUUACUCCUACGGUGACAGAAGGAAAAGUCCCGGUAGUCCCUCAACAGGAGGUUGUUGAAAAGAUUACUCCUACGGAGACAGAAGGAAAAGUCCCGGUAGUCCCUCAACAGGAGGUUGUUGAAAAGAUUACUCCUACGGAGACAGAAGGAAAAGUCCCGGUAGUCCCUCAACAGGAGGUUGUUGAAAAGAUUACUCCUACGGAGACAGAAGGAAAAGUCCCGGUAGUCCCUCAACAGGAGGUUGUUGAAAAGAUUCAUCCUACGGUGACAGAAGGAAAAGUCCCGGUAGUCCCUCAACAGGAGGUUGUUGAAAAAGUUGCCCCAUCGCCGACAGAAGAAAAAGUUCCUGUUGUGACACAAGAAAGGGCUGUUGAGCAGAAUGCCCCACAAGAAAGGGUUAUUGAACAGGCUGCCCCUACGGCGACAGAAGAGAUUGUCACUGUUUCUAAAGAGAAAGAAGAAGUCCCUGUUGUUGUAACAGAGGAAAAGGUUCCCGAUGUGACAAAUGAGACAGUUAUUGAAAAGAUUACUCCUUCCGUAACAGAAGAAAAAGAUGCCAAUCAACGGAAGGUUGUUUCUUACGAAGAUGCUACAGAAAAUCAGGAAAAUCAAGUUACUGGAGAUGAGGAAACGGACAAAACUGAAUUGAAGUUUAUCGUCACCAUACAAGAGAGAAUAGUCCGUGAACAGACUGUCUCGAUCAUACCCGUCAUGGACAAGGGCGCCAACAAAAGAGCGAAUGGAAAAUUGGUGAAAAAAGCAAUGAAAAGAGUAGCCAAGAAGGUGGCCCGUGCUGUGCUUGAAGAACUAUCCAGGGAACACAACACAGAUGGGGAGGGACAGUAGCAGCAGAAGCUGUAACCAGUGUGAGGGGAUAGGCUGCCACUUUCCACCAAACCGACAGUCACCACCACCAAAAUGUCCCCUCAGCACCCAGCUGCUUGCGAUGGGAUCCCAAAACUAAGUUCCCUAAGAAAGUGUUCCGUAUUUACUUGUCUUUUCUUAUUCCGUGUCUAUCUAUCUUAC